UUCAGUUGAAAAAUGGAGGUCACCCGGUGGUAGUGUCCAUAAAUCAGGAAGCACGUUUAUAAAUAAUUUUUCUAUCAACAAUACUGAUAUUUUAUUAUAAACUAUUACAAACGCUUUCACAAUGAAGGCAAAAACCAAAACGAAGAAGAAUGAUCGGAAAUUCAAUAGAGUCAAAUUUGAUGCUAAGGAUCCACCGAUUGUUGAGACGCCAACUUGUGACUCGGCUAGUCUACGUAAACCUAUUGAUACAAGUUUAUGUAGUUUACGCCAAGUAACCAAAUUAUUUGAGACUGGGAGUGAAGAAAUUAAGUGCAUUCUUACUUACGAAUGUGACGUUAUUUAUGAAUGUAAAAUAUGUAGAAGUUUAUUUAGAAGUUUGUUGAAUUUUAUUUCCCACAAACGCGUAUAUUGUCCUGAGAAAUUCAAUAUUUUAUGCGACAAAAGUGCCAUUAAUCCCCCAACUAUGAGUAUUGAUACAACAGAUCCUGAAAGCAAGGAAAACUGCAAGAAUGAAAGACCAAUUAAAAAUCAAGAUACAAAUAAAAAGUUUCCAAAAAAAGAUCUUACUUCAGUAAUAUCUAUGUUACAACAGAAACAAAAGGAUCCUGACUAUGAUGAAACUAAAGAACAAAAUAAUAGGAUGCAUAUUAUUGCAGAUACUGAACAAGUACUUUUAGAAGUCAUGGAAUCCAACAAGGCUGCUUUUCAAACAGUUUUAGAGCCUACUGUUAAAAAUAUUGAUUCAGAGGAUUUGAUGAAGGCACAGACAACGGAAUUGCAAACCAUCCUCAGUCGUGAUACAGCAAUACUUGGUCCUGAUGGUCAAGUUAUAGAAGUAGGUAUUGAUGAAAAGUGUGAUGAUCCUCUUCAAUUUUCUGAAAGACAAGGGAAUAUAUUGAACAAUGAUAUUAUAUCUAAUGAUAACCUAGUGUGUUCAAUUUGCAAUACAAGAUUUUCUACCAAGAAAACCCUUAAAUUUCAUAUGAAAUCACUUCAUACUUCCGAUCGAUUAGUAUACCCUUGCCCAAGUUGUACAAGUUUAUUCCCAAGUAGUUGGGGAGUUUAUCGACAUUUACUUAAAGUUCACAGAAAGAGUAAUGCUCAAGUAAGGAAAUUGAGAACUGAAAUCCAAGCCAAAGCUCAUAAAAGGAAAACUACCAGAGCUCAGGAUAUGGAGAAAGACUGUGCUGAAAGUAAACUUAAUGACUUGAGUGAACCUCAAUCUUUAACUAAUCAAACUCAGGAAUGGAUGGCACAUCUGGAAUCUGAUGGAGAGCUUCAACGCUGCGGGGGAUGUGGCAAGCGAUUCGAUAGAAAGGCAGCGUUACAAUCCCAUUCUCAAACGUGUCAAAGACGAUUGGCAGCCUGUAACGGAGAUGUUGCUAUCAAGUCUAAGCGAAAACCAGUGUCGGAAAUGAUACCUGAACAUCCUCGAGCUGCUACUCCGGCGUCAGCAAUUUCAUUAGCUAAUGCAAAUGUGGAAAAUAACAGUAUUACAUUGAAAGACAAUUCAGUUCCGUCUCUAGAACCUAUAGCAAUUCCUGCUACUUCACCACCAAAAUCUAAUAGUCUUCUUCGUAUACCUAAUAUAUCAUCAGCUGUCACUAUUACUCCUUUGAACCAAGAAGAAUCAACAGGAAUUUCAAUACGAGUCGAAGGUAUAUCUUCUCUUUCUAAAGAUGCUUGGGAUAAAAUUGGAACUGAAAUGUCCGAUAUUGUACCUGAUCCUACUCCUUCAGUCAUCCCAUCUGAAAGUAUGCAGACUGAUAAUAAUGAUGGAGACAAAUCAGAUGAUCCAGAGAUUAUUUUUACUAAAAUCGAAAAGACUAAGACUAAUAUAUCAGGGAGUACUGGAAGUAAAAAAAGGAAAAUGGAAAAUAUAGCGAAUCUACAUAAACUUGAAUGUGUACCAUGUAAACGAAAAUUUUCCAAUCUUCCAGCUUUACGAAGACACAUGGCUGAACAUAUAAAUUGGUAUCGCUAUCACUGUAAAUUGUGUAAUUUCAAAUGCAUUGAUAAAAUUGAUUCAAUUGCUCACUGUAACAAAAUUCACAAUGCUAAAAAUAGUCGAAUAAGUAUUGCAAAUAUGAUAAGUGAAACACCAAUCAAUCAUCAACCAUCAAACUCUUCUAGAAGUUUAUUAAAGAGAAAAAAUGUACAAAAAGAACCUCUUGAACUUGAAGUUAUUGAUGUUACUGCUGUAUCAACAUCAACUGAUGAAAGUGCAAAUACAAACCAGGAAACGGGCUCCAUGCAAAAUGGAGUCUCAAAAGUGAAUUCAAGGGCAGGAAAAAAUAAUAAAAUUGAUGAUAAAUCAAGUUCUGAUUCUGAUACGGAAACUCCAGAUAAAAUGAGUGAAGUAGCGAAGAAAGCAAGGUUAGAUGAAGAUCCUGAACUUCGUAGAAUGGUGAUGGAAGUAAUUUUCGGCUCGACUGAAGUUGGAGUUAAUGAGAAACCCAGAAGUAGUUCUGAGAGUACGAGAAUGCGAAUGAAUCGAGCAUCUAGUGAAAACCGCAGUAAUUCAAGUUCAGACUCUGAACCAUCCAGUGUUAAUUCGAAUACAAAUCAGAAUAAUGAAUCAUUAAAGAGUGAUAGCCGGCAUUCUCGAGCUACAAGAAAUCGAACAAAAUUUGAAGACAAAGAUUUUAUUUAUGAUCUUGAUGCAGUUCUUUUAAAAGAGCCUGUUGAGGAAGAUCUCUGUUCUAUAAAAAUCACCAAUGAUAAACCGAGUGCUAAUGUUAUUAAUAAUACAAAAAUCAAUUCUGAUGACCUCACUAUUGUUCUCCGCAAAGAUGAUGUUGUGUCUGAGAACAAACUCGGAAAGGUUGCCUAGACUUAAGUUUUAUUUAUGAAGUUGUAUAAAACAUACUAGACUUUUUAGAGUUUAAUAUUACUUGAUAACGUAAAGUAGCCUACGUUUUGAUGAAAAGUACAGUCUUAUAAUAUUUUAAAACAUGUUAUAGGAUUAUUUUAUUACGAUAAAAUGAAAAUGGUAUUACAAUUGUGUGCAGCGUUGAAAAAUAACUGACUUUAAAAAAUGGCAAUUCAUAAUAAUGUUAGUAAGUUACCAGGUUUUAAGAGUCUCUCUCUAUGAGAGAAACGUUUACUCAACAUGAUUAACAGUAUUUACUGAAAUUAAUCCCCAGCUAUUUCUUCUAGAGACGUAAUGAUAUAUUCAGGUGUUAAUAAAAACAGUGUAUUUCAAGAAAAAAAUAUAUUCAUACAAUAUUUUACAUCAUUACUUUUGUCAAAGUAAAAUUAAUGCUUUGUUGAAGGUCAGACAAUAUAAAUUGUAUAUUUCUCAAAAGCUGGCCAACUGGAAUA